CCGACUGGUUCUGAAGUCUACAAUUCACCGUAGAAAUAAUACUUUUUAAUUAACUUCGAACUUGGGAAACGGCUGAGAAUACUACCAAUUCGUAAAACACCAUGUCUGCACACCACCAAGACGAUACCAUCCUUCCUGAGGAGGAAGACCCGCGCAACCCCUAUGCCUCUGCCAACAAAUGGAGACAUCAAGAAUCUUCGUCCUUCGCCCGCGCGGCGCUUGCCCGAGAUGCUCAUUCCUCUAGCGGACACACCCGAGAUCUAUCCAACUUCCUAAACUCUGCGCGAGUCGAAAGCGAUCACCCUCCCGCCAAUGGAAACGCUCAACCAAUCAUCGUUGGUGGUACCGACGGUACGCACGAUGGCGCAAUUGUUGACGAUGGAAAGGAGGUAUUGUGCGGCCCUUUGUUAAAUUACAGACGCAUGGAAGACAGGACUUGGUAUGGCAGCGUCUUGCUAGUGAUAAAGGGCGGCGGCAAAACCCAGAGCUUUCAGCCUACCCUAAGCCUUGGCCGCGUAGAAACGGCCAGUGGACAAGCAGGCCUGGCCCAGGAGGGAUCUAUCACCAAUGGCGCUGAGGGACCUGAUGCGGACGGCUCUCGUGUUCGGAGUACCCAUGGUGCCGACAUUGAGGGUAUCUGCCUUUACUCUGACUCUAGAACUACAUUUUGGACGUUCCCACUUGUUUGCGACAUCUCCGAUACAGAGACGAAGUGGGCAUACUCGAUCGCCGACGUUCGUUACAAGAGUGAAACGAAACCUAAGACGAACUACUUCUUCAUUCCUGCUAUUGACGAGUCGAUGCGCAUCAUGUUCCACUCGUGUAACGGCUUCAGUGUGGGUACCGACGAGGAUGCUUGGAGCGGGCCGGCAUUGUGGAACGACGUCAUGAGAAACCACGCCAAAGCGCCUUUCCAUGUCAUGAUUGGAGGUGGUGACCAAAUCUAUAACGACGGCAUCCGAGUUAAUGGACCUUUGCGGGAGUGGACAGAUAUUGGGAACCCUAAGAAGCGACGCGAUUUCCCCUUCCCCGAGAGUCUACGAGCUGCUUGCGAUAACUACUACUUGAAUAACUACAUUCGAUGGUACUCGACCGAACCCUUUGCUGCUGCCAAUGGACAAAUACCACAGUUGAACAUAUGGGAUGAUCACGAUAUCAUUGACGGUUUCGGGUCGUACGUCAACGAGUUCAUGAAGUGUGAUGUAUUCCGAGGCAUUGGUGGUACUGCGCACAAGUACUACAUGCUUUUCCAACAUCACCUAGCACCCCCAGCAUCGACCUACACAUCGGAUGUGCCCGAGACAGGGGAAGCCGGUCUAGCACAGGAUCCUAAGCAGCUUGUAGACACUUUUGUUAGACAACAGGCUUUUGAUUCGUCUUACAUCAUCGGUAGCAGACCAGGACCAUACGUUGCGGAACACUCCAUGAACAUGUUCAGCAAAUUGGGCGCCAGAAUUGCGUUCUUAGGUAUUGAUGCUCGUACCGAGCGCACACGGCAUCAGGUCAACUACCCCGAGACGUACGAUCUUAUCUUUGAACGGGUAAGAAGUGAACUUGGCGCAGCCGCGGCCAAUGGCCAACCCUUCAGACACUUAAUCCUACUACUGGGUAUCCCGAUCGCGUAUCCCCGUCUCACCUGGCUUGAAAACGUAUUCAGCAGUCCGUUGAUUGCCCCCGUCAAAUUCUUGAACCGAAGAUUUGGAUUUGGUGGCGGCGUUUUCAACCACUUCGAUGGCAGUGUGGAUCUCUUGGACGAUCUGGAUGAUCACUACACGGCCAGAACCCACAAGAAGGAACGAAAUGCUCUUAUCCAGCGCCUCUACGCCGUCUGCGCGGAAUUCUCUGUCCGACUGACUAUCCUUGGAGGCGAUGUUCAUCUGGCAGCCCUUGGACGAUUCUACUCCAACCCCAACUUACACAUUCCCGUCGAGCAAGAUCAUCGUUACAUCGUGAACGUUAUCUCUUCGGCUAUCGUAAACAAGCCCCCGCCAGCGGCAAUUGCGAACCUCCUAGCAAGUCGUAAUAAAAUUCAUCAUCUUGACCCGGAUACAGAUGAGACGCUCAUGGCCCUCUUUGAUAAGGAUCCUGGAAACUCGAACAAGACGCGAUCAUCGAACAAUGUCACUAUGCCUAGCCGAAACUACGCCAUUCUUACGGAAAACUCGCCCAAUAACUCCGGCGCUGCCACAAACGGCCACAGCGAACCAACCGAGGCUGACGUAUCAGAAAAUCAAUUUGAUGGCAAAGAUGGACACUCAUACUUGUCGCGUGGUGAGCUAGGUGCGGGUACUAAACACAAGGCGGCCGACUUCCAGGCACAUGGCCAGAAUAAUGACGGCGCUCUCGACGUGUGCAUCCGCAUAGAAAUUGACCAGCACGAUAAAGAGGGAAAGACUGAACCCUAUGGUAUGUCGAUUCCUGCCCUCAACUAUGAGGCUGGCAAGUUUGGCACCAACGCGCAUACACAUCACCUUCGUCACCAUCGAAGUCGCCCGGGCACUUCCGGGGCAGCCAGUACUCUCGCUCCAAGCAGUGUACCCUCACUUCCAACCUCAGCACCUGAAGCGGGUCGCUAGAAGCUAGUCCGUUUGUUUCAUGGUUGGUGUGAAUGAAGCUCAUUGCUUUACAAUCUGGAGCGGAAGACUCCGAAGACUGCAAUACGAAGCCAAGACAAGGAACGCAUGCGCCAUCGAAUAGCCCGGUGGAGACGCAAAGGAUUGCAUCCUUGGCUGCCGGUCUAACUAGAAAGUAGGCCAGGAAAGACUGGCUACGUGUAGAAAUGUAAACGAGGAAUAAGGAUAAUAAUACCCGAAGAGGAGGACAGCUGAAAUAUGUUGGUUCUCAAGUUCCCUUCAUAGUUCUGUAC